AAUUAUUUCCCCAGAGCACGAAAUACAAAGAUGGCAGCAUCAUUUGAUAAAUUAUGUGGCCCGUGUGAAGCAAGACAUACAACAGAAAUUGCAGUUGUCUGGUGUAUUGAUUGCGAUGAUGGACUAUGUCUCCCUUGUUUGGAACACCACAAAGUCAGCAAAGCUAGCAAUAAACACCAUACCAUACCAGUUAGUAAGUAUGCAGAAGUGGAAUCAGUUUCCUCGUUAAUAAAGAUGGAGUGCGAAGAACAUCAUCAAAAAUUAACUUUUUUUUGUCAAGAUCACUAUUCCACUGCCUGUGCUCUAUGUAUACCAGAAAAGCAUAAACAAUGUACAUGUAUAAAACCCAUCGAACAACUUGCUCAUCAUGCAAAAACGUCAACAGAGCUGUUUGAAUUAGAGAAAGGACUUAAGGAGCUUUCUAAUACCCUUGUUGAACUUAAAACUCACAGACAGCAAAAUAUCGAAGAGUUGAGAGGCCAAAGAAAAAACAUUUUGGCAGAAAUUAAAUCUUUAAGAAAACAGCUUGAUACAUAUCUGGAUGAGUUGGAAUCUGAUUUGUUAAAGAAGUUAGAAAGUUUGAGCGACCAAAAUAUAUCCGAAAUAGACAAGUUACUUACAAAAUUAAAGGACAAAGAGACACAAAUUAAAAGUCUUGGAGAGUCAAUUUGUCAAAUCAAAGAAACAUUAUCCGAUGUUCAAGUCUUUUUAGCAACAAAAAGUGUUGGUGAAAAGUUGCACGAAGAACAAGAAUGGAUUUCAACUCUAUGUAACCAGGAGGUAGCUAAAGAGUCAAUUCUAGAACUAUCUACUGAUUCACAACUAAAACAUUUAUUAACCGACCUGAAAUGCUUUGGCACAGUACAGAUUGCCAGAAAUCCUUGUCAAGUUAAAGUAGAAGCCUGGGAGCUUCUUAAAGCACAGCUUAAUGUUCCGGUAACUGUAGUAAGAGAUAUUAACCAGACAGAACUGGAACUAAUAAGAGAGAUUUCUUUUGAUGAUGAAUCAUUUAUAAGAGAUUGCAUUAUUGUCAGUGAUGGGAGAAUGAUUUUUGCAGAUAUCACGAAUAAUAAUGUAUUAGUUUAUACUCGUGAUGGACAGCCGUUGAAGACAAUCAGUGUUGGCGAAUCUCCGUUUGGAUUAGCUGUGAUACACACCAAUACUGUGGCGGUCACUUGUCGUGAUGAACAAUCAAUAAACAUAGUAAAUAUCGAUGAAGGUGUUGUAAAACAAAAGAUAAAUGUUGGGAAACCUUGUUCUGGUUUAUCAUACAACAAUGACAAUCUGUAUGUUCUCGUCACGAAAACAGGGAUAAUGGAAUUUGAUUUAUUUGGAAAUCUUAAGAGAACAAUUCUGGUAGAUGUUCCAAGUGAAGAGUGUUACAUAUCUUUUUAUAAAGACAAGUUUUGUUACACAAGUAACAAUAAGGCCAAAUAAAAAAGCAUGUGUGUUUCCUGUUUCCCUACCUACCCUAUAUUUUAAGCUUAGAAAUAGCCUACCCUAAAGUUUUUUUGGUCAUUUUUCAAUAAGCACUGUUAAAGUCAGGAUUUCUCUCCCAUAGACUCAAUGUAAAAAAAAAUGGUAAAAUGAAAAAAAAUCCCUACCUACCUACCCUAUUUUUUUCAAAGAGGAAACAGGAAACACACAUAUUAUUUUA